AUGAAAACAAAUGCAUCAAAAGCUAUAGCUUCUCAAUUGUGUCAUGAUGAAAUAUUAAAUAUUUUACAAUUUUUAAAUGUUAAACAAAUUGUGAAAUGUUUAUUAAUCAAUACGAAUUGGAAUAUUAUAGGAUCAUCAAAUAUUAUAUGGAAACCAUUAUAUAAUCACUUUUUCAUGAAUGAAUUUUUCAAGUGGGAUCAACAAUUGCAAGAUAUUUCCAAACUCGAAAGUAAUACUUUCCUUCCCGAACUUAAAUUGCAUUCUCACAGGAAGAAAGAAGAUUCAGAUAUUAAGGAUUUGAAAAAAGAAACCAAUAAUUUAUUGGAAAAAUUCAAGGAUAAGAAUGGAAAUGUUAAUUAUUAUCAAUUAUUUCAAUUUGAUUGUCAUUAUCCUCAAAUUAAUGAAUCAAAUGUUGAUAUUGUUGAUCAGUUGAGGAAUGUUGAUUCCAUUUCUAAUAUUGAAACUUUGAAACAAUUAAUCAAGCAUAUUUGGAAAGAUAAAGAUAAGUCUGAAUGGUACAGAAUUAUUGGAACAUCUGAAAUGAUUCUUGACAAGUCGAACAAAUUGUGGAAAAGAAAGCCAAUUCUCACCUUUAUAGCCAUUACCUUAUUAGUAUUAUUCAAUAAGAAGAGAAUUAAUUAUGUAGACGGAAUUAUUGUGCUGACCAAUGUAAAAAACAGUUAUACACAAGAGCAAAUUUGCGAAAUGCCAAUUUUGGCUUUUUGUAAAAUGAUUUCCUCAAACGAGGAAAAUAUUUCCAAAUUAUGCUCCAAACACAAUUAUAAGAAAAUGACUUUGGGUGCAUUUCUAAAAGUUUCUGAUAAACAAACAGGUAAGAUUUCUUCCAGACAUCCACCCAAGCCAGAUAUAAAUCUAACAAAUCUCAAACUCUGUUUCAGAUCAAAGAAUGACGAAACAUUUAUUGCAGUACAAUCAGUUUCUGAUAACAUGAAUCCUGAUGUGUUAGAGUUUGCUCCCUCGUUUUUUAAUGCUGGAGGAAGUUUACAAUGUGUUCAAGAGGUGAAAGCUGUUUUGGUUGAGAAUGGAAUCAGGUUUGAAAUUAAGAAUGGAGCUAAAUAUUGUUAA